CCGCCGCUGCCGCUGCCGCCUCCGCUGCCUCUGCCGCCUCCGUCGCCGCUGCCGCCUCGGUCUCCGCUGCCGCCUUCGUCGCCGCUGCCGCCUGCGUCUCCGCUGCCGCCUCCGACUCCGCUGUCGCCAUGGCUCAGUACAAGGGCGCCGCGAGCGAGGCGGGCCGCGCCAUGCACCUGAUGAAGAAGCGGGAGAAGCAGCGCGAGCAAAUGGAGCAGAUGAAGCAGCGGAUCGCCGAGGAGAACAUAAUGAAAUCCAACAUCGACAAGAAGUUCUCUGCGCACUACGACGCCGUGGAGGCGGAGCUCAAGUCCAGCACCGUGGGGCUGGUGACCCUGAAUGACAUGAAGGCCAAGCAGGAGGCACUGGUGAAGGAGCGGGAGAAGCAGCUGGCCAAGAAGGAGCAGUCCAAGGAGCUGCAGCUGAAGCUGGAGAAGCUGCGCGAGAAGGAGCGCAAAAAGGAGGCCAAGCGGAAGAUCUCCUGCCUGUCCUUCACGGUGGGUGAGGAGGAGGAGGAGGAGGAGGUGAGCGAGGAGCUGGAGGAGGUGGCCCUGGAUGAGGAGGAGCUGGAAAGGGAAGAGAUCGCCGCCAAGAAGAGGAAAUUGGGGAAGAACCCCGAUGUGGACACAAGCUUUUUGCCUGAUCGCGACCGCGAGGAGGAGGAGAAUCGGCUCCGGGAAGAGCUGCGGCAAGAGUGGGAAGCCAAGCAGGAGAAGAUCAAGAGUGAGGAGAUUGAAAUCACCUUCAGUUACUGGGAUGGCUCCGGGCACCGCCGGACAGUCAAGAUGAAAAAAGGCAACACCAUGCAGCAGUUCCUGCAGAAGGCGCUCGAGAUCCUGCGCAAGGACUUCAGCGAGCUCAGGUCAGCAGGGGUGGAGCAGCUCAUGUACAUCAAGGAGGACCUCAUCAUACCCCACCACCACAGCUUCUACGACUUCAUCGUCACCAAGGCACGAGGGAAGAGUGGCCCACUCUUUAAUUUCGACGUUCAUGAUGAUGUGCGGCUGCUCAGUGACGCCACUGUGGAGAAGGACGAGUCACACGCGGGCAAGGUGGUGCUGAGGAGCUGGUACGAGAAGAACAAGCACAUCUUCCCCGCCAGCCGCUGGGAACCCUACGACCCCGAGAAGAAGUGGGACAAGUACACGAUCCGGUGAACGCAGAGGUGGAGCAGACUUGCUCCCCCAGUUCCCUCCUGUCUCCCCACUCCCGGUAUCUCCAGGAUUCCAGAUGUCCAGCUUCCCCCCUCCUGUGACAUGACUGAUCAUCCCCUGCCCCUGAUGCUGUCAUUUACUGCUUUUUUCUUUUGUGAUAAAGAAAUGUACAUGUUA